UAUUUUAUUUUGUUUAAAAUUUUAAUCCGACGGUUAAUUUCAAAUAUUAAAAAUUUAUUUUUAAAAUUUCUUAAUCGCCGUGUGCUUCAAUUAUUUUGUGGUUGCUAAGUUCAAAAUUGUUAUUUUAAUAAAUUUAUAAAUUUUUAAGUAAUUUCAUUUACAAAACAAAAAAAACAAAAAAUAAACCAAAAUGAAAUCAAUGUUCAGUGCGGAUUUUUUAAUUUACUUAACUGUAUUGAUAAUUGCUUUGGCUGGACUUUCUCAAGCUGAAUUUGAACAAAGCAAAAAUAGACGUGGAGGUGGUGCUACCUCCGGACUUUAUGCCUUCCCACGCGUUGGCCGUAGCGAUCCAAGCUUAACAAAUAAUUUACACGACAUGGAUGACAAUUUGUAUGAGCCCUCGUUAGAGGAUUAUGAAGGUCGAACUGAUGCGGAAAUGCGUAAAUGGGCUCGUCUAUUGGCACUGCAACAAGCACUUGAGAAACGUGCUGGACCUACUUCCGGUUUAUGGUUUGGUCCCCGACUUGGCAAGCGCAGCGUUAACAAUAAUGUGAAGCAGCAUGCAAACAAAGGACAAAACGAGGAAUAUUAGACGAAUGAAGACAAAAAUUUCGACAAAAACUCUAUUGAUGACAAAAUAUUUGCGAUGAAAAUGGACUACGAUUUCGUUUCAAUGCCUUGGUUAUACAAUGGACGUCAAUAAAAAUAUAUUUACGCUAUGAUGCACACACUCAAUUUUACAAUUUAUAAACAAUAUUUAACCAGAAAAUAAAAAUAUAUAUUAAAUAAAUUAAAAAAUAUAUAAGAAAACAUUUUGCAAAUCUUAUACGCAGUUGCCCUUAAUAAUGUAAGAAAAAAGCAAAGAGAUCAAUUU